GGGGCAACAUGUGGCGGCCCGGCCUCUUCGGCUUUGGGCUGUGGGUGCGUAGGGUCAUGAGCUGGUGUGUUUUGGAGCCUCGACCCCCGGGGAAGCGGUGGCUGGUGGCUGGCCUGGGGAACCCUGGAAUGCCCGGCACGCGGCACAGCGUGGGCAUGGCAGUGCUAGGACAGCUGGCGCGCCGACUGGGCGUGGCGGAGAGCUGGGCGCGCGACCGGCGCUGUGCUGCUGACUUCGCUUUGGCUUCCCUUGGUGAUGCGCAGGUGGUCCUGCUCCGGCCACGGCGGCUUAUGAACGCCAAUGGGCGCAGCGUGGCCCUAGCUGCGGAGCUAUUUGGGCUGACUGCUGAAGAGGUCUACCUGGUACAUGAUGAACUGGACAAGCCCCUGGGGAAAUUGGUUCUGAAGCUAGGGGGCAGCGCCAGGGGCCACAAUGGAGUCCGUUCCUGCAUUAGCUGCCUCAACUCCAGUGCGAUGCCGCGGUUAAGGGUGGGCAUCGGGCGCCCACCACACCCUGAUGCGGUGCAGGCACAUGUGCUGGGCUGCUUCUCACCGGCUGAGCAGGAGCUGCUGCCUCCACUGUUGGAGCGCGCCACUGACUUGCUCCUGGAUCACAUCCGUGAGCGCAGCCAGGGGCGGCCCAUGCUGGACCCCUGA